AUGCUGUUCCUAUUGCAGGAACUAGCAACACGACAGCCGCCGCCUCCCCUUCAGUGGAUCGGCAGCGAAGCGUGGAUCAUAGAUCCUGAAAUCCUGCGCUUUAACAUGUGCGCUGGGGCGAUAGGUUUUGGGAUCCCCCGCUCAGUGAUUCCAGGUCUUCGUGAGUUUCUUCUGGAUCUCUCUCCAGAACAAGCACUGAAAUCGCCUCUGCUGACGGAGUUUUGGGAGAGCUCGUUUAGCUGUAGCCUGAAAGGCUCCUCAGACGGCGCGCGGGAAUGUGACGGCAGCGAGGAUAUCCACGCGCUGCAGAACCCAUAUACAGACACGUCGCAGCUGCGCAUCACUAACAUGGUGUAUAAAGCUACGUAUGCCAUAGCGCAUGCCAUCCACGGUGUUAUCUGCAAUGACACGCAGUGCGACAAGAGCACAAAAUUCGCACCAUGGCAGAUACUCGACCAGCUCAAGAGAGUGAACUUCACUACCAAAAAUGGUUUUCAGGUCUCGUUUGAUUCCAGUGGUGAUCCUGUGGCCGUCUACGAGCUCAUAAACUGGCAGGUUAAGAAAGAUGGUGGUUUGGAUUUUGUGACAGUGGGACAGUAUGACUCAUCCCGACCCAAAGGCCAAGAGUUUAGUAUGAGCAAAGCUAUCAUCUGGAUGCGAGGACAGACUGAGGUGCCAAGAUCUGUGUGCAGUGAGAGCUGUCCUCCAGGAACCAGGAAGGCUGUGCAGAAAGGAAAGCCAGUCUGCUGCUAUGACUGUAUACCAUGUGCAGAAGGAGAGAUCAGUAACAAGACAGACUCUCUGAACUGUGUGCGCUGUCCUCCUGAGUUCUGGCCCAACACCCAGCGAGACAGCUGCCUCCCUAAGCCUGUGGAGUUCCUGUCCUGGGACGACACUCUGAGCAUCAUCCUGACAGUGUUCUCCAUCACCGGGGCCUUCAUAGCUGUAUGUGUGACUGCCGUUUUCUGCAAACACAGAACUUCUCCAAUCGUCCGAGCAAACAACUCAGAGCUGAGCUUCCUGCUGCUCUUCUCACUGACUCUGUGUUUCCUCUGCUCACUUACUUUCAUUGGUCGGCCCUCUGAGUGGUCCUGUAUGCUGCGCCACACAGCGUUUGGGAUCACCUUCGUCCUCUGCAUCUCCUGUGUUCUGGGGAAAACAAUAGUGGUGUUAAUGGCCUUCAGAGCUACACUUCCAGGCAGUAAUGCCAUGAAAUGGUUUGGGCCUCCACAGCAGAGACUCAGUGUUCUCACCUUCACUCUCAUACAGGUCCUAAUUUGUGUUCUUUGGUUGACAACAUCUCCUCCUCUCCCCUUCAAAAAUCUAAAAUACUACAAGGAAAGAAUAAUCCUGGAAUGUGGAUUAGGUUCAGCUAUAGGAUUCUGGGCUGUGCUGGGUUAUAUAGGGUUUUUAGCUCUUUUGUGUUUUAUUUUGGCUUUUCUAGCACGGAAGCUGCCUGAUAACUUUAAUGAGGCCAAGUUCAUCACAUUCAGCAUGCUCAUAUUCUGUGCAGUAUGGAUCAGCUUUAUCCCAGCUUAUGUCAGCUCUCCUGGAAAGUUCACUGUAGCUGUAGAGAUAUUUGCUAUUCUGGCCUCAAGCUUUGGAUUGACAUUUUCUAUUUUUGUUCCCAAGUGUUUCAUAAUCAUGUUUAGGCCAGAACAGAAUACCAAGAAACACCUUAUGGGUAAAGGACCCUCCAAGGCUCUUUGA